AUGUCACAACAAAUACCAAUAAAAGCACCAGUUAAACAACCAGAAUGGCAUCGACCAAAAGAUCUAUCACCGCCAACAAAAUUAAAAAUAUAUAAUUCAUUGACUCGUACUAAAAACGAAUUUAUACCAAUUAAACCGGGUCACAUUACUUGGUAUAGUUGUGGACCCACAGUAUAUGACCACUCACAUAUGGGUCAUGCAAGAAACUACGUUUCUACAGAUAUUUCAAGAAGAAUAUUACAAGAUUAUUUUGGUUAUAAUGUUAAAUUUAUACAAAACGUUACUGAUAUUGAUGAUAAAAUUAUUAUAGCAGCACGUCAACAAUAUUUAUUUGAUGAACAUAUCACCAAAAGGUAUAAAGAAAUCAAUGAUGAAUUAAAAGAAAAAUCCAAUACAUUUUUAAAAUUUUAUGUCUCCAAAAAUAUACCUGAAUUUAGUGGUGAAAUAGAUGAAUUUAUCAAUUGGUCUAAAACCGUUAAUGUAGAAGAAAUUAAAAUUGCAAAACCAAAAUUUCCAAUGUAUUUAAAUGCAGCUACAAAAGCAUACGAGGCAAUCACCAACGAAAAUAUUUCAUUUGAUCACUAUUUGUUGGGUAUCAAAGAUAUUGCUGUUGUUUCUUUGGAUAAGGAAUAUGGAGCUUCAGUGACUGAUCCAGAAAUUUUUAAAAAAUUACCAGCUUAUUGGGAAAAUAAAUAUAAUGAAGAUAUGUUGAAAUUAAACGUUUUACCCCCAACAUUCACCACAAGAGUUUCUGAAUAUAUUCCAGAUAUUAUUGAAUAUGUUGAAAAAAUUAUAUCAAAUGGUUACGCAUAUAAAACAGAUGAUGGUUCAGUUUAUUUUGAUACAAUUAAAUAUGAAAAUUCAAAACAUGAUUAUGCAAAAUUACAACCAUGGAAUAAAGGUGAUAUGAGUUUGAUAAAUGAUGGAGAAGGAUCUUUGAGUAGUGGUACAUCAAAACGUAAUGCUAGUGAUUUCGCUCUUUGGAAAAGUUCAAAACCUGGUGAACCAUCUUGGCCCUCAAUUUGGGGAAAAGGUCGACCAGGGUGGCAUAUAGAAUGUUCAGUCAUGGCCUCUGAUUUAACUGGAAGUACUAUGGAUAUUCAUAGUGGUGGUAUUGAUUUAUGUUUCCCUCAUCAUGAUAACGAAUUAGCUCAAUCUGAAGCAUAUUUUGAUAAUAAUCAAUGGGUUAAUUAUUUUAUGCAUAAUGGUCAUUUACACAUAGAAGGACAAAAAAUGUCAAAAUCCCUAAAAAAUUUUAUUACAAUCGAAGAAGCUUUAAAGGAGUAUACACCAAAUCAAUUAAGAUUGGUGUUUUUACUAAAUCCAUGGGAAAAACCUUUGGAUUUUAAAGAUUCACUUAUAACUGAAGUUAAAACAGUUGAGUCUACAUUCAAUAAGUUUUUCACGAUUGUUCAUGCUUUACAAAAUGAAAAUAACAAUAAAGUACAAAAUGGAGAAUUUGUUUCCAAAAGAGUUACUGAUUCAGAAAAGCAGUUAUAUGAACAAUUGGAAAAUGCACAAGAUCAAAUUGAUGUUGCAUUUAAAGAUAAUCUUUCGAGUGGUUCCGCUAUUAAAGUGUUGAUAAAUUUAAUUGGUUCUGCUAAUAGCUAUAUACAAGCAGCUAAUACUGGUUCAAUUGAAUUAAAAAUUGAAGUUUUAUCACAAAUUGCUAAUUAUAUAACAAAAAUCUUAAAUAUCUUGGGUUUAGAAACAAAAGAUAAUACAAAAGAAAGUUCAAACGAUGUUGAUGUUGCAAUAAAAUUAUUAUCACAAUUCAGAGAUAAAAUACGAAAUUUUUCCAUCAAUAAAGCAGAUUCCAAUGAAUAUCUUAAAGCAUCAGAUGAACUUAGAAAUCAAUUGAUUAAUAUUGGAGUAUCAUUAGAUGAUAGACCAGAUGGUUCAGCAUUAAUAAAAUAUAUUAAUGAAACUGAAAAACAACAGUUAAUUGAACAACAAGAAACUAAAUUAAAACAACAAAAGGAAAAAGAAAAUAGAAAAAAACAAUUAGCAGAAAUUGAAGCAAAAAAGGAACAAGAAAAAUUAAACAAAAUGAAAACUCCUCCAUCAGAACUUUUUAAAAAUGAUAAAUUAUAUAAAGAAUAUGAUGAACAAGGUAUACCAACAAUUGAUGUUAAUGGAGAAGAAAUAAGUAAAAGUAUGAAAAAAAAAUUAAUGAAACAAUAUCAACAACAAGAAAAACUUCAUAAUGAAUAUUUAAAAAAAGUUGGAGAUGAAGAAAUAAAAAUGUAA